UGUAGUGUUGCAACUAUAUAACACCCCUUCUUCAGUUCUUCCCAUCCCAUCCCAUCCCAUCACGUCCUAUUCCUAGCUAUAACUCAUCAAACAGCAAAACCAACAAGCCCAAAACCUAAAAAAAAAAAAAAUGUCUCUGGUCACAGAAGAGAUCAAAGCCAAUGCAGAGGUCUACUAUGGAGAUGAAAUCUGCCAAGAGAAAACAAAGCUCCUCCUCAAGGAAGUAGGCUUGCCCAAUGGCCUCCUACCCUUGGAAAACAUAGUAGAGUGUGGUUAUGUCAAAGACACAGGAUUUGUUUGGCUCAAACAGAAGAAGAAGACUGAACACAAGUUUGACAAGGUUGGCAGGCUUGUGUCCUUUGCAACUGAUAUCACUGCCUACGCCGACCCAAACAAGAUCAAGAAGCUGACUGGUGUCAAGACUAAGGAGCUCUUUCUUUGGAUCACAGUGAGUGACAUACACAACGACGAUCCGCCUACCACAAAGAUCAAUUUCAAGACUCCCACAGGUAUAUCCAGGUCUUUUCCGGUGUCGGCUUUUGAGGUUGAGGAGGCCAAGGAGGUGAAGGAAAGCAAUGGAGUGACUAAUGGAGUGAAGGAGGUGAAGAAAAGCAAUGGAGUGACUAAUGGAGUCAAUGGAGGAGUGAAGGAGAUGAAGAAAAGCAAUGGAGUGACUAAUGGAGUGAAGGAGGUGUAAGUGUAGCACCAGCUGCUAAUUAAAAGAUAAAGUGUUUCAUGUACCCAAAAUAAUAGUGCCCUUUUAUUAUCUCUCUGUUGAUGUUUCUGAAUGUUUUCUAUAAUUAGACUUCUAUGAAAUUAAGGGUUAAAAUUAUUAUAGGGUUCUAUAUUUAUCUGAAGAUGCUACAAAGU